GAACAAAUUCUUAGGGGAGAAUACAGUCUUCAUUUUUUCAUGACAUUACAACUUUUUUUCUCUAAAAAAUAUGAAUUUCUCAUCAUGACAUGACGGCAUUUAUUUUCUUGACAAUGAACGUUUUUUAAUUCCUGUAUAACCUAAGAGUACAUGUGGUAGUUAUGUUUAAUUGGCGUGAUGAUUAUCAGGGGGUUCCUUGGAAAAACAUCUCCCCUGUAUGUGAUCCCUGGACCCAAAAAGCUUGAAGACCCCUGAACUAAAGGACGGCUUCUUGUCCAUGUCGAAAACCUACUCAGUCACCUGAUGUCUGUGAAGGAAGCGUGGGUUCAGGGAUUGACUGGCGACCACUCCAGGGUGUAGUCUACAGUACCUUUUGCCCCAAAGUCAGUUUGGGGAGGCUCCACCUCACCCAUGACACUGAACAGGUUACGCGGUGUUGAAAAUGGAUGGAGAGAUGGAUAUUUUCAGUUCAUACACAGCACUGUACACUGCUUAGCCAUUGUAUUAAACCAGUGAUUCUCAAAGUGUGGCACAGGCUCCCUCUAGUGACUUUAACUUGACUUUGACUUUGUGUUCAUGAGACUCGACUUGAUUUGUCUGUAGUUUUCGCAAACCUGGCCACAGCCUACUAUACCUGUACUAUGACGCAGAGCAGUGGUGGCUGGUUCAAGUUUCUCCAGGAUCCCUGUUUUAAACCAUGCUUGGUGCAAUAUGGCUAUGCAGGAACUCGGCAUCAUCCUGGCCAUGCUGGGCCUGGCCGGGACCAUGCUGAUCUGCGCACUUCCUAUGUGGAAGGUGACGGCCUUCAUCGGGACCCGCCUAGUGGUCAUGCAGGUGUUCUGGGAGGGUCUGUGGAUGACGUGCGUCAGCGAAUACACGGGCCAGAUGCAGUGUAAGCUCUACGACGCCCUCCUAGACCUGUCUCCGGAACUGCAAGCGGCUCGCGGCCUGGUCUGCAUCAGCCUGGUCCUGGGAUGCAUCGGCUUCCUGGUCUUCAUCCUGGGCGCCCGCUGCACCAAGUGCCUGAGCCACCCGCGCAUAAAGACCCGGGUGGUGCUGGGCUCGGGCCUUGUCUUCGGCGUGACGGGCCUCGCUUCCAUGAUGGCCGUGUCCUGGACGGCCAACGACGUAAUCAGAGACUUUCAUAACCCACGCGUCCCAGAGGUACUCAAGCGGGAGCUGGGGGCGGCCAUUUAUAUCGGCUUUGUCGCUUCGGGAUUGCUACUCUGCGGCGGGGGCAUCCUGUGUGCGAGCAGACCGCCACCCAGGGCCGUGAUCCAUUCUGAUGGGUACAGCCCAGCCAGGACCCCCACAAACUGCAGCUACGCCAUCAAGAACUAUGUCUAGAGCAGGAGUGGCGGGUCGUGCAUUUGGUACCUGG